GUACUUGGACAUCUCUGCCUUGUGCCGUCCGUGUGGCAGGGCUUGUCUGCUCCUCGCUCUCGCUGCGUCCUCGCUCUCCAGUGCCGACCGCUCCUUCCUCCCUGAGUCUCGUCGACCCGUCUUGCUUCCUCGCAGGCCUCUGGGCCUCCUCAGCUUGCGAGGAGGAAGAGGAGGAAGAGGACUCUUAGCAUGCUUCGGCGCCAGGGAGGACGAAGAAAUUCCUCAGCUGACAGCAGAGGUCGCCGAUGCUCCAGUCAAAGAGGGCGAGAGCAAGCCGCGCAGAAACGCUCGCUUUCCAGAGCUAGUUCAUCUCCCUAUGGAGGGAAAUCCAGAGGUCGACACUCCCUAUGCUGCCUUCAAUUUCUCUGCUGCUCGGUUUCCUGAACGGAAUUGCUUGGGACAUCGCGAGCUGUUACCGGACGGCAAGCGAGGAGGGUACGUGUGGCAGACGUACGGGGAGGUGAAUCAGCAGGUGAAGGCCCUCGGGGAGGGGCUCGUGCGAGUCUGCGGGCUGGCACGAGGGAGCAAGUGCGGCAUCUACGCGACGAACCGGCCGGAGUGGACAGAGAGCAUGCUGAGUAUGUGGUCACAGGGCCUCGUGUGCGUGCCCCUCUACGACUCCGUAGGGUCAGACGCGGUGCGGUACAUCAUCAACCAUGCGGCGCUUCCCGUCGUCUUCUGUGAGCGGAGCAAGCUCUCCGUGCUGCUCGAGGCCGCCAAGGACUCGCGGUCGCUGCGGCACAUCGUGCUGUAUGAGCCCCUGCAGGACGAUGACGUGGAAGUGAUGCACAAGGCUGGAUCCCGGCGAGACCUCAAGCUGCACUCAUGGACGGAAGUGAAGGCAGCGAGCAGGGAGAGCAGCGCGUCUUCGGGCUCCGCGCAGCGAGCAGGGGAGCUUGCGAUGGUGCUCUACACGAGCGGGACGACAGGAGACCCCAAGGGAGUGAUGCUCUCAGCUCAAAACCUGCUGGCAUCGGCAGCUGGGUGUCUGCUGACGGACGAGACGUACGAUGGGAAGGACACGCAGAGUUCAAGGAGGUUCGACAAAGCGACGUACGUGAGCUACCUGCCGCUGGCUCACAGCUUCGAGCUCAACAUGCAGAUCCUGAUGCUCACAUGCGGGGCCGCCAUUGGCUUCUACCAGGGCGACGUGAGGAAGCUCGUGACCGACGACCUGCCGGCCCUCCAACCCACCAUCAUGCCGGGGGUCCCUCGCGUCUACAGCCGGAUCUACGACAAGGUGGUGGGUACCAUGGAGGCUAAAGGACCGGUCAUACGAGCUCUCUUCCGGAUGGGAUUGCGCGCUAACGAGCGGGCGAUGGCGCGGGGGAAGCGCUCGUGGCUGUGGGACUCGCUCAUGUUCAAGAAGCUGCAGGCGGUGCUGGGCGGCCGCGUCGAGAUGUUCCUGUCAGGAGCUGCUCCGCUCAGCAGCGAGCUACAUGGCUUCCUCAAGGUCGCGUUCAACGCCCCCGUCAUUCAGGGCUACGGCAUGACGGAGAACGCGGGAGCAGCUGUCGCCAUGCCGCCCCUGCUCACGACAGUAGGAACCGUCGGAGCUCCUCUGCCAUGCACGGAGGUGAAGCUGGUAGAUGUGCCGGAGAUGGAGUACAGCACGGAGGACGUGUACCCGAGGACGAGAGAAGAGUUUGAGCAGCAGGUGACCUUCAAGGGAAGCUUCGACCCGGCCAUGGCCGGCAAGAAGCUGCCGCGAGGAGAGAUCUGCAUGCGGGGGAGGAACAUCAUGCAGGGCUACUACAAGCUCGAGAGUGAGACAGCAGCGGUGCUCGAUGCUGACGGCUGGCUGCAUACGGGGGACGUCGGGCAGUGGAACCUGGACGGGAGCCUGAGCAUCAUCGACAGGAAGAAGAACAUCUUCAAGCUGUCGCAGGGCGAGUACAUCGCCGUCGAGAGCAUCGAGUCUGUUGUCGCCUCCUCCCGCUUCGUCCUCCAGUCGUGGGUCUACGGCAACUCGCUCGAGCCCGCCCUCGUCGCUGUCGUCGUUCCAGACAAGGAGGCGGUGCUCUCCUGGUGCAAGAAGCAUAACAUCGCGGGCUCACUCCAGCAAGUCUGUCGGGACCCUCGCGUGCAGAAGAUGAUCCUGAACGACAUCCGCGAGUGCUGCGUCGCCGCCAGCCUGAGGGGCUACGAGCAGCCCAAGGCGAUUCACCUUGAAGUGAACAAUCUCAACGAACUCGGCCAGGGAUUCACAGUACAGAACGACUGCCUGACGCCCUCCUUCAAGCUUCGUCGCCCUCAGCUGCUUCGCCGCUACAGCCAGCAGGUCGACGUCAUGUACCAGCAGAUCCGCGAGAGUCUCCAGCACAGCUCCAGCUGACGUGAUCAUCUGUAAUCUAACAAGAGAUAGUGCUAAGAGC